GCGCCUAACAUGGGGUCUCGGCAGGACCAGCCCGCCGUCAACGGGGAGCAAGGUAACGGCGCGGGCGCAGCCUACGUGCGGUACAGGGAGUGCCAGCGCAACCAUGCCAUCGGAAUCGGCCGGUAUGCCGUCGACGGCUGCCAAGAGUUCACGGUGUUAAUGGGCGUCGAUGAGGCUGCCAUGCUCCUCUGCGCGGCGUGUGGCUGUCACCGCAACUUCCACAGGCGCGAGGUCGUCAACGAGUUCGGCGUCGACUACCAUGCUCCCCGGACGCCCCCCGCCGACGAAAAUCGCCGUUGAAGCCAUGAAGCUUGCUGCUGCUGCCUCUUCUUGCUCAUCGUGAAUUGGAUCUAGCUGGAUCAUGCAUGGCCAGGGCACGGCUGGUAGUAUUUUAUUUCAUC